CCACUUCCGGGUUGACAUUUGAUCCGCCGCCGCUAGCUGAGUCCGCUGACUAGCUCGCGCUGACUACAUUCAACAUGCAGACCGCUUUGCUAAAUGUCGCGCUCUUCUCCUUCGUGCAUGUGUUGUUGUCUUUGACAUGUUUCCAGAAUGCCGUCGAAGCCGCCAACAGCAGAGGAUUUGGAGACAAUAUCCACUGGAGGACGCUGGAGGACGGCAGGAAGGAGUCUGAGGCCAGUGGUCUGCCCAUGAUGGUCAUCAUCCACAAGAGCUGGUGUGGAGCCUGCAAAGCACUGAAGCCCAAAUUUGCCGACUCCAAGGAAAUCGCUGAGCUGGCACAUAACUUUGUGAUGAUCAACCUGGAGGACGACGAGGAACCGGCGGACAAGGCCUUCAGUCCGGACGGCGGCUACAUUCCUCGCAUUCUUUUCCUCGAUCCCAACGGAAAGGUUCACCCCGAGAUCACCAACAAGAACGGGAACCCCAACUACAAGUAUUUCUACAGCAAUGCGGAGCAUGUGAUCUCCGGGAUGAAGGAGGCUCAGGAGAAGCUGACGGGCGACACCCCCGAGGGUCACGCUGCCGACGAGCUGUGAGGGGUCAUGGUGGGGCGUCUGGCUGUGAAGGGCUACACAUCCUCAGAGACCCCUCCCCGACCUCGCCGUCCACUUGAGAAUCAGCCAAACAAAAGCCAAACAUUAGAAGCUGCUGGUGCUUCAGUACAAAUGUUUCAGUUCGUCAUGUGACUGUCCUGUUUUUACCUUCGACUUGAAGGAUCGACUCCAGCCAAGGUCGUCACCUCCACACCUCCGAUUGCGCGCGGAAAAAAAACCCACAACACAGAUUCCAAACUUCCUGUGAUCGUCUUCCAAUGAUCCUCGCCAUGUAUUUACCCAGCAAGCACUGCAACACUCGCACCGUCGGUCCAUGAAGGAACUCGUAUUCUCAGUGUUUCUCUGCAUUUACCUGUGUCUGUUUUAAACAAUGGAGAGGGAGCGUCUUGAUGUAUUUUAUACUCAAGUGAGAUAAUAAAGUUUUGU